AUGACAGGACAACACAAAGAUGACACAGUACUCACUCGUGUCCCUGCGAAACUAGACCUAUAUCGCCCUUCGUGGGUCCAACAGGGCGCUCCUCAGUCUGCGCAGGACACGAUCGCAAAGCUUAGUGACCGGUUGUCUCCUUCUACUCUCCUUGCGGACAGACGCGCUGCUGUCCUUGCUUUGAAGGGUUUGGCUCGCGAUUGCAAGGAAGAUGUCGGUGAAAGGGCCCUUCCUGGUCUCCUCGAAGUCCUGCAGAAUGAUGCGGAAAUAGAUGCGGAAAUAGCGAAGGCCGUGCUCGAGACUAUUACCCAGCUCUGUGAACCCGAUGACGAUUCCAAGGACCUUGCGUUGAAACACACGGACUAUGUUAUCGGAAACGAUCAGGCAGUUCAUGUUUUGUUCUCCCUCCUUGGUGACACGCACUUCUAUACCCGUUAUGCGACACUGCAGUUGCUCUCGGUGCUACUACAGAACCGCCGUUCUCAAGUUCAAGGAUAUUUCCUCAAGGCCCCUGCUGGUGCCACCAGUAUCAUUGCCGUCUUGGAGGAUAAGCGCGAGAUCAUUCGUAAUGAAAGCAUCAUCAUGAUUCAAAUGCUUAUUUCUCAAAGCCCUGACAUACAGAAGGUGCUUGCCUUUGAAGGUGCAUUUGAAAAGCUCUUCAAUACUGUCACACACGAAGGCGGAUUGGAGGGAGGUGUGAUCUCGCAGGACGCACUUCGAUGUGUCGACAGUCUACUUCGAUAUAAUAGCUCGAAUCAGAGUUACUUCCGCGAAACGUCCCUUCCAGCGUUGUUGUGCUCCCUCCUGCUCUUACCGUCCAACCUUUCCCUGCAAGAUUCAGCUCCACAAGACUUUGCACUGCAAUUUUGGGACUCACAAAAAGUAGUAAAUGUGUCACUGGUGCUUGGUAUCAUGGGAAUGUUAGUCGGGUCUAAAGGCAGCAACUAUCCGUCUUUCGUGCGAGGCUUUGUCGAACUAGCCCUCGCAUCCAAUGCACCAACAUCCCUCAAGUCUCAGGCUCUCCAUCUCCUUCCUAGCACGUUGACUCUCCCGCUCUCGGAGGUGAUUUUGACCCCCUAUAUGCCUGUGCCUGAGACACGCGGAGAAGAAUGGGACAGACUAGAGCCGGCGUCCGCGCUUGAUGCACUUGUAGAGCUCGCACUCCACGGAGAGUACAAUGGGCUAUACAGUGAUAGCCGUACCAAGGAGGGACUUGAGCUAAGGAGCGCAGCUGUAAUUGCUUUUGAUAGGAUAGUCAGACAUGCCAUCGUGCAAGGGAUGCUUCCUUCCCAACUGAAGGUUCCGAUGAUAUCGCCCCUUCUGCACUCUCUCUGCCUCUCCCCGUCAUCCCCUCUCAACAUCGCUAAUGUAACCUCAGCAAAAACUGCCGCCCGGUCUAUCAAGCCUUCUUCCAACAUUCCUGGAGAGACUUUGGGUCAAGGACCACUUUUUGUCCCUGCGGAUAGUACUCCAGCGCCAACGCCGCCGGAAGAGGACGAGGAAGAUGCCCCGCAGAGUUUGUUGCAUCUCUUUGCCGAGAACCUCUCAUUGUGCUUCCUAUCUCGCUCAAGGGCUGAGGACGACCGUGAGGAACGCGAGUGGAAUAGAUUGAUUUGGCUCUGGGAUGACCCUAAAGCCGUGAGGGAAUUCUUAGAAGCCGGCGGGCUGGGCACAUUAGUGGAGCCUAUUAAUCAGACUUCUGAAUCGGAAGACCUCAUCCCUGGACUUUGCGCCUUUCUACUGGGCAUCUGUUAUGAAUUCAAUCGGGAACCGGGGGAGAUCACUCGCGCUACUAUCCAUCCCAUCAUCUCUCGUUUGGGCGUAGAUGUGCUUCUCGGUCACAUGACUCGGCACUACAAAGGCACUCCACCCUCCGAACAGGAAGGCGAAAUCUGGCUCGACUGGUCUUUUGUUGACUUCUGGAAAUCAAAUCAACAUACCAUCCAGAGGGGUCUGGCAACGGACCCUAGCACUCUGGCUUCAUCGUCAGGUCCAAGUGCAGAGUCCGCGAUGCUCAUCAAUUCUCUCAAAGACGUCAUUCGCUCUCAGGUGCAGGAGAUAGACGCAUUGCAACUUCGUCUCAAGGAGCUAUCGGCUACUGAAGCUCGAUUGGCUGACUCAGAGGCGCGUAUUGCGGAGCUUGAGGCUGAGUUGCAGACAUCAGAUAGCAAGAAGAGGGAGGUCGAGAAGGAGCAGGAGGAUCUUCUGGUCCUCCUCGAUGACCUGAGCACUAAGCGCAGACGAGACAAGCAGCGGAUGAAAGAAUCAGGCAUGGAAGUUUCCGAGGACGAGGCAGAUGAUGACAAUGACGAAGAAGAUGAAGAUGAGGGAGGUGAGGAGUAA